UGCUUUUCAGCUUCCAGCAACGAAAGAUCAACAGUCCCAAUGAAAAAUAUAAAGAAGUUGUGGAUAUUCGCAUUUAUCGUUUUUGUAGCGGCUGAUGUUGAUGUUCUUAAUAGUCCAGACUAUGAUUUUGGGUCUAUAGAAGAACCAACAGGCACCGAUCCCUUAAAAAACUUUAAUGAUUGGAGCGGAUUCGAAUGCGGGCCCCGACAAAAUUCUUUCACAAAUUUGAACUUCAGUGCCAAAUCUGAUACAAACACUUUCAAAUUUCACCCCUGGACGGUGGCUAUAUACUCAAAUGAAUCGGGAAAAUUUGUUGCCGCUGGGACUCUGAUCCGAUACGAUGUGGCUGUUACAUCCUCGAAGGGAAUCGAAAACGUGCCAGAUGAUCAGUUGGUAGUGAAGGCCGGCAUCGUAAAUCGAUCGGAAAGAAAUCAACUUUAUCGCAAUGCCCGCAACGUGUCCAGAAACGCAGAAUUGUCGUUGAUCCACCUCACCACCCCGUUUGCAAUGCUAUUUCCACAUGUUCGUCCCAUUUGCUUGCCGCUGCAGGAAGACGUUUUUACUGAAAGGUCCUGCGGAACGGUUGGCUGGCAUCUUAACUCCACAAAUACAAUGGACGGAUCCACUAAUAAUGAGACGGCUUUCCUUUGGCAGAGGCCUUACGUAGUGAUGGGAAACGAGGACUGCCUUACCGAGCUCAACGAGACAAUUGCUAAUAAGAGAAUAUGUUCUACGGACAAACUAAACGAAUUUACUCCUCUCAAUAUCGGCGCCGGUCUAGUCUGUAAAACGGAGAAGUUCGUGUUGGCUGGUGUUUCCCUUUCAAACAGUGACUGGGUCAAGGAGAACAAACCCACCUUCUUCGCCAACGUCCCUGAUUAUUUGCUGUGGAUUGAGUCAGAGCUUAAACCCUAUCUUGAAGCAUCUUCUAAUAACUCCUUAUUGUCGACACAGGAUUUCGAGGAAUCUAAUUUAACUCCUUAACAACAAAAAUGGAUUGAAGCACAAAUUUUAAAUGAAUAUUUUUACAUUGAAGCUCUGCUAGCUUACUGCAAUAUACCCAUACUUCUUUGCAUUCAAAAA